AUGGAUUUUUUAUUUUCACUGAAUGAAGAAAACCGAAGUACAAUCCGCAAACAGUUCAAAAGGCGUUUCAUAUUCUCAAAAGGUUUAGAUGAAAUCAUGUUUCGGACUGGGCUUAUGAUUCUUACAGCUCCAUUAAGCUUGACGCAAGCUAAUGUAUCAAACCACCUGAAAUAUGCUUCCAAGCUUAUCAAGGACACACUCUAUGUGCACCUACAGCCGUAUCCUGGUAACAUUCCUGUCAAAGACCCCUCAUGUCGGAUGUUUAAGUUCCAAACACAGCCACCUAGUAAAGAAAUCCAAAAACUGAUAGGAACUGUUUAUAGCCAGGCUGCUGCAAUAUGUCAGAACAUUGACGUUAGAGUGCUUUUAGGACAUAUCAGAAAUGGUGAACAACCCAUGGAGUUCAAACCUCACACUUUACAAACUAAAAGUUAUGAUGUUGUAUUUACUGAUAUAAGUCAUAGCGAUAAGGACAGCUUCAAAGAUGUUAUUAAAUCUGGGUAUGAUACAUUAAAUGAUGUGAAUGUAGAGACACUUGAAGCAGUGAAAGCUACAGAAGGUGAUACAGAUGCCACAAAGGAGACUGAGAGUGAUAUAUUACCUAGUUAUAGACACAUAGUGCUAGGUGGCACAUUUGAUAGAAUACACUAUGGGCAUAAAAUGUUGCUAACAGAUUCCUGUCUGUUAUGUCAGGAAGAAAUGACUAUAGGAGUAACUGAUGGAGUCAUGAAUGCUAAAAAAACCUUGUGUGAAUUAAUGCUACCUACUAAUGUACGAAUACAACAAUUGACUGAACUUCUACUUGACUUAAAACCUGGAUUAGAGUUGAAUAUUGUUCCAAUAACCGAUCCAUUUGGUCCUUCUAUUGUCGUUGAAGACAUGAACUGUAUAGUUGUCAGCCAAGAGACUUUGAAAGGUGGAGAUGCAGUGAACAAGAGACGGCAAGAAAAGGGGCUGAGCAAGCUAGAUGUACAUGUUAUAGAUCUACUAGAGGAUGUUCACCAUGGGGAUGAUGAGGAGGUCAAGAUCAGCUCAUCUUCUCAGAGGAGACGUUUACUAGGAACAUUACUGAAACCACCAAAACCAUAUAAAUCUGAAAGCGGACCAUAUAUAAUUGGGCUGACUGGAGGUAUCGCUACAGGAAAGUCAUCUAUAGCUCAACGACUGGAGAAACUUGGCGCUGCUAUUGUUGAUUGUGAUAAACUUGGACAUUCUGCUUAUACCAAGGGCACAGAGGCAUUUGACAGUGUGGUAAAGGAGUUUGGAGAUGAUGUUGUUGGGGAAGAUGGUGAAAUUAACAGAAAGGCUUUAGGUCCAAAGGUGUUUGCUGACAAGAGUAAGCUAGAGAAAUUAAAUGCAAUAGUGUGGCCUGCCAUUCUGAAGUUGGCCCAGGCUCAGAUACAGCAGCACCAUGCAAAUGGAUGCCAUAUUGUGGUGCUAGAUGCUGCUGUGUUGCUAGAGGCGGGUUGGGAUAGUAUUGUACAUGAGGUGUGGGCCACUAUACUCUCACAACAAGAGGCUGUGAGGAGAAUUGUUGAACGCAAUAAACUAAGUGAGGAGCAAGCGAUACAAAGGAUCCAGUCUCAGAUGGUGAAUGAAGCACGUGUUGAACAAGCCAAUGUUGUCUUAUGUUCACAGUGGGAAUACCAAGUCACACAAGUCCAGGUGGAAAAAGCCUGGGCGCUUCUUAAGGAACGACUUAACAUGUGACAAAUAAAGCCAUUGCAGAGUCUUCCAAGGACAUUCCUAUUAAACUAAAAUCUGAGUGGACAAUAGUUGUUACAAAAUUGAUUUGUAAAAGAAAUAUUAAAGUUGCAAUGUGAAAAAAGAAAAAUAGCACUUCUUCUGACUGUGCUCCUGACUCUAAAUAAUAGUAAUAUUAUGCUAAAAACAAUAACAUUACGAGACAAUAUACUGCACUAUUUUGUUCAGUAUGAAUAAAAAUAUCAAAUCACACUUGUAAAUGAACAAGAAUUAUCCAUUGGUACUUAAAGCAAUUAUAUAAAAUGGUAAAUAUCAGUAGAACAUAUUAUGAAAUAAAUGUUUUGAAGUGAGCUGGG